GUAGAAGCCGUCGCAGCGUCGUUUCUCUACCCGCGGGCGGAGUCUACGACCCCGCGGCUCACGGGCCUCUCGAGGGUGGGAGGAGGUUGGCGCUGCUGUGCUCGCCUCAAGAAACCCCAGACUGGCCGGGGCCCUGCGGCCCUCUCGAGGCGCCACAGCCGGGGCUCGUCUAGGUUGUACGCCGUUUCGGUCCCGUAAGAUCCCAAGCCCUGUCUUGGCCCGGGGAAUCUAUGAGGAAGUUGAGCCCAAACACGGCCGGGACCGCCGAGGGCUUGGGCGUCUAGUACACCCCAGUGAACUUGCCGUGCCAGUUUCGUAUGGUGGAAGGAACCUGGGGCAGCGACUCAGGAAACGAGGAUUCUGAAAGUAGGUCUAGAGUAAGGACAUACAUUGCUGGCCCUUAGAAAAACGACUUCAUUCUAAAGCUUGAGUCUCCGAAGGAAGUGGGAGUAAGCAUUCUCCAGAAUCCCCAAACAUGCAAACUUUAUUCCCACGACAAAUGAAAACAAGACCUGGAGAAGUCCUUAUUGAUUGUUUAGAUUCAGUUGAAGACACCAAAGGAAAUAAUGGGGAUAGAGGUAGACUCUUAGUAACAAAUUUAAGAAUUGUCUGGCACUCUUUGGCAUUACCCAGAGUCAAUCUUUCUAUUGGUUACAACUGCAUAUUGAAUAUUACAACAAGGACUGCUAAUUCUAAAUUACGAGGCCAAACUGAAGCUCUUUAUGUACUAACAAAAUGUAACAGUACUCGUUUUGAGUUUAUAUUUACGAAUUUGGUUCCUGGAAGUCCUAGACUUUAUACUUCUGUGAUUGCAGUACACAGAGCAUAUGAAACUUCUAAAAUGUAUCGUGAUUUUAAAUUGAGAAGUGCUCUAAUUCAAAAUAAGCAACUAAGAUUAUUACCACAAGAAAAUAUAUAUAAUAAAAUCAAUGGAGUAUGGAAUUUAUCCAGUGAUCAGGGAAAUUUAGGAACCUUUUUUAUUACCAAUGUGAGAAUUGUGUGGCAUGCAAAUAUGAAUGACAGUUUUAACGUCAGUAUACCAUAUCUGCAAAUUCGGUCAAUAAAGAUUAGAGAUUCAAAAUUUGGUUUAGCUCUUGUCAUAGAAAGCUCUCAGCAGAGUGGAGGAUAUGUUCUUGGCUUCAAAAUAGAUCCUGUGGAAAAACUAAAAGAAUCAGUUAAGGAGAUCAACUCACUUCACAAAGUCUAUUCUGCCAAUCCUAUAUUUGGAGUGGAUUAUGAGAUGGAAGAAAAGCCACAGCCCCUUGAAGCUCUGACCGUCAAACAAAUUCAAGAUGAUGUAGAGAUAGACUCUGAUGAUCACUCGGAUGCUUUUGUGGCUUAUUUUGCUGAUGGCAACAAGCAACAAGAUCGCGAACCUGUGUUUUCAGAAGAACUGGGGCUUGCAAUAGAGAAAUUGAAGGAUGGAUUCACCCUACAGGGACUUUGGGAAGUGAUGAAUUGAUCUUGAGUUGAGCUGAAUUUCUAUUUACAGAUAUCUCAAGAUUAAAGAUACUAGUUGCCUACUAUAAGGCAUGGAAUAGUUUUUACAUUUACAGAAAAAGUUUUUAAGAGAGUUUUUUAAUGAUUAAGGAAAAACUCAUCUAAGAUUUUACAGUCUUCUACAAAAAUUAUAUUUGAAAUUGUAAUCGAAAUGUAUCUGGUUUGUUGUAAAUAUGUUUAUUUUGUACCUAGUACUUAUAAAUUAUUAGUCUGUGGAUAUUAAAAGACUGUAUUAUAUUGAGCUUAAUAAAGAGUUUAUGCAGCACCAUUAAAUGUUCUGAAAAUAUUAUUUUAAAGUAUAAGACUCUUCUUAUGGAAUAAUCAAAUACUGCUUUCUUAAUUAUAAAAUUCUGGUUUAAAUAUAUUUAUCACAUAGCUCUAAUAUAAAUUGAAUAUAUAAAUUACAAACCUUAAGCUUACCAGUUUUAGGUAAUCAUUUAUGUAGAAGCCAAAAAUUAUAGCUAACUUUGGAGGUUAUCAAUUCCCUAUAUAAAGUUUUGGGCACUGUUUUGUAAAUAAUUUCAAUAUCAUUUUGGCAGGAAAACAUUUAUAAGGAAAUAACUUUAGUUUGUAAAUAAACAGUUCAUUUAUUGA